AUGGACAAUAUAUCUCAUUUUACUGUGUUCACUCUCUCUCAGCUGGAAGAAUCAAUGUCAGUCAAACAAACAUGUCUUGCUCUCUCUCUUGCUGUGUAUCUUCUCAUAAUUAUACUGAAUUUGAUUUUGAUAGUAACAAUCCUCCUGGAGAAAUCCCUCCAUGAGCCCAUGUAUAUCUUCCUGUGUAAUCUGUGUAUUAAUGGACUGUUUGGAACAACUGGUUUCUACCCUAAAUUCCUGUAUGAUUUAAUCUCUGAUACACAUGUGAUAUCUUUUGGUGGGUGCUACUUGCAAUUCUUUGUGAUUUAUACCUCGGUACUGUGUGAGUUUACAACGUUAUCAGUGAUGUCUUAUGACAGGUAUGUGGCAAUAUGCAGACCCUUAGACUAUCACUCUGUUAUGACAGACAAAAUUGUAGUAAAAUUGCUCCUGUUUUCCUGGCUUUUGCCUGCUGCCUCAUUAACUAUAGCACUUGUGUUGACAAACCGGUUGUCAUUAUGUGGAUCCCACAUUGACAAACUCUAUUGUGACAACUGGUCUAUAGUAAAGCUUUCUUGUGAGCCUGCUGUCAUUAAUAAUAUUUAUACAUUUAUUGGAAUCAUUGUGUAUGUUUCUGUUGUAAUUCUUAUUAUUUGUUCUUAUAGUAAAUUGAUUACUGCAUGUAUGAAUUCUACAGAGAACAAAAACAAAUUUAUGCAUACCUGUGUGCCUCAUUUGCUGUCCCUAGCUAAUUUCACAGUUGCUUUAGUCUUUGACAUAAUAUAUGCUCGAUAUGGAUCAAGGGAUUUCCCAAGGAGUAUACGCAAUUUUUUGGCCUUAGAAUUUCUGAUAAUCCCACCUAUUUUUAACCCCUUAAUUUAUGGAUUAAAACUGACUGCUGUUCGCAAAAGAGUUUUCAGAGCUGUUAAAGUCAAAGGGACAGACCUUUUCAAUGUAAAAAUGAGAUAA